UGAGCUGGAUGAGUCUGAGCGACGGGAGUGCCCCAUUCACACUCCCUUUACAUUUACGUACAACAGAGGAUCUCCCAGGAAGGACUGUAAAUUAACUGGACACGGUGCAUGGAGACAUAUGUGUGAUGUAAAAAUCAGCCCGGAUGCAUCUGUUCAUUGCACUUAUCGGGGAAAACUAUGACUCUUUUAAACGACUGAGGAUUUGGGAUACCGUUUUUACUUUUGCGUGCAUCCAAACCGCCCAUUCAUUCUUUUUUAAAAGGUACCCGCUUCUGGUGCUUCUGUGUGCGGUGUGUUCGCUGUCGGGGAGCCGGAGUCCCGUGGCUUCUGCCGGGAGGAGCUGCGCCGACACCCGGCAGGUGUACGCGGAGAAGGGCUACAGCACAGGCACCGCUCCGGUGACUCAAAUCUCCGGUGAGCACCUGCGGCUCUGUCCUCAAGACUACACCUGCUGCUCCAGUCAGAUGGAGGAAACGCUGGCCCUGCAGAGCGAGAGGGAUUUCUUAAAAGCCGUCGAGGAGAACAGCCAGUUCCUUUUGACUACUUUUACCCAGAGACACCGCAGGUUUGACGAGUUCUUCAGAGAGCUCAUCGAGUUGUCAGAGAAGUCGAUGAACCAGAUGUUUACCAAGACCUACGGACGGCUCUUCACCCAGAACGCACACGUGUUCCAGGAGCUGUUUGUGGAGCUGCGCAGAUAUUAUUCUGGGGGCAGUGUCAGCCUGUCAGAGGUGCUCGCAGACUUUUGGUCCAGGCUGGUAGAGCGGGUCUUCUCUCUGGUCAACCCCCAGUAUCAGUUCAGUGAGGACUACCUGGAGUGUGUCAGUAAACACGCCGAACAGCUGCAGCCGUUUGGGGAUGUGCCCCGCAGACUACGCGUACAAGUGAUGAGGGCUUUUAUCGCAGCCCGAGCUUUAUCUCAGGGCUUGGCUACUGGUCGGGAUAUCGUUAACAAAGCAACAAAGUUGACAGCAGAAUCAGAGUGUGUGCGUGGUCUGAUGCGUCAGUGGUACUGCCCUCUGUGUCGGGGCACGCCCUCAGUGAGACCCUGCCACUCCCUGUGCCUUAACGUGAUGAAGGGCUGCUUAGCCAAUCAGGGCGACCUGGAAACCGAAUGGAACAAUUACAUAGAUGCUCUGUACCAGGUUUCAGAGAAGCUGGAGGGCCCGUUUAACAUGGAGCUUGCCGCCGAUUCCAUCUCUGUGAAAGUGUCGGAGGCCAUCAUGCACAUGCAGGAAAACAGCGUCACCAUCUCCACGAAGGUGUUUCAAGGUUGUGGAAGCCCCCGUCCAGCUCCAGGACGGUCCAAACGCUCCCCUAAAGUGUCAGGAGGAAACAAGAGGCCCUUCCGCACCUACUCUCCCGAGGAGAAACCCACCACGGCUGCAGGCACCAACCUGGACCGACUGGUUACCGAGCUGAAGGAAAGACUGCGGCCUAUGCGUGGCUUCUGGGUGUCCCUCCCACACACCAUCUGUAACGAUGAGAGGAUAGCUGCCGACGUCACCAAUGAGGACCGCUGCUGGAACGGGCAGACCCGGGGGAGGUACCUGCCGGAUGUGAUGGGCGACGGGCUGGCCAGCCAGAUCAAUAACCCCGAGGUGGAAGUAGACAUUUCUCGGCCGGAUGUGAGGACCAGGCAGCUGAUCAUGGAGCUGAGGGUCGUGACCAACAAACUGAAAAACGCUCAGACCGGACAGGACAUGGACUUCAUGGACAGUGAGGAGGGCAGUGGCUCAGGAGGUGGAGAUGAGGGGGAAAGGUACAAUGAUGAUUGGCCCGGCCAUGGGCCUUACUCCCCGCCCUACAACAAACCCCCUCGCAGCCCCGCUUCAAACCCUGCAAAGCCACCUCGCGUUCGUGAAAGAAACGGAUCCAAAUGGAACAAAAACAACGGCCAAGGUCGGAUCAAAUCAGCAACAAGAAAGCUGUCUUUCUCCCCGGUUCCUUUGUUGUUGCCUUUCAUGGUCACUGUUGCCCCCAUGUGGAGAUAGCUGGUGAAUACAGUCUGUAGGUGGAGGUUUAAUGUCACACUGGAGUCUAAAGCACAUUAUGAAGAAAGAAGUCAUUCCAUUUUGUAAAAUCAGCAGGAAAAAAUAGACACAAUCAGGCUAAUUUAGCAAUAAUUAAAAACCUUUAAACAGCACAUCAUAAAUAGGUUAAAGUGAAUAUCAUUCCUACUGCCCAAGCUACAAAAGAGGUAUAACAAGGCAUUGAUUCAUAUGAACAAAACAUUAGAAGUACUGCCAUUUUCUUUUGCCAUUCGUUUGACCUAUUGGAGUGUUGAUGCUGAAUGUAUUGCUGGAGCAUAUAUACGUCUGAGAGGGAAACAAAAAGUACAAAAAGCAGGAAUUGAAUUAGCUCAUGUUCUCAUGGUUUGGUGGUCUUUUAGAUGGAGAUAAUCACCAUAUUAUUUCAGUUAGCAGGCUUGUGGUUUAUUGCUGCUUUCUCAUGAAACUAAGUUAAUUAGUUUAAUCGAUCUUGGUUUCAGUGCGGUUGUGGUUCAUUUUAAUCUUGUGGAAGUAGUAGGAUUUAAUUUACUUACUUAAUUAAACCUCCGUAUUUUGGCUUGGAGAUCAAAAAAGAAAGUCAAUAGUGUGACUCUUGAAACCAAACAACAUUUAUUUUGAAUGUACCGAAAAGCUCAAAUUCCUUUUGGGGUUACUUGUGACAACAAGGGGUUAACUAAUGUAUAAUAUUGAUGUUUUUAAUUUAUUUGUAAUAUAAUAUUUCAUUGUUCUUAUUGUUAUGAUUUUGGAAAGGGUUGAGUGUUAUCUUUUAGAAAAAGUGUCAGCCUUUUUACUCUGGUAUGAUGAAAAAGGAUAAAACAAGUUGUAUUUAUUGCUCAUUUCCGUAAACCAAUCAUUAUGAAAUAUUGUUAUUGAACCAAUAACAACCAAACACUUAAUUAGCCUAUUAUACAAUAUUUGGUCAAAAAACAUUGAUUAUUUUCAGCCAGGGAUUAAGGAGAAGUGUGUGUGUGAAUGUGUGUGUGUGUUUGUAGGAUGGUUUUAUAUUGUCUGUUGUAUGUUCUGGUUUCACUGUUCAGGGGUCAUGUUGAGAAGAUGUUUGGAUGUUUUUUAAUGCCGUGCUUUUUUACCCUUUUUUCUUAAAAUCAACAAAAUAUGAUGAAAACAGUGAGCUAGUGUAAACUUGGACCAAAUGUUGACAGAAAGACAAAUGCUGUAGAGCACCGAGUGGCUAUUAAUUAUCAUGCGCUGAUUGUUGUUUGAUGAAGAUGAAAUCAAAGAAUAAUCAAGGAGGGAAACAUGGACAGUGCGCAGGACUAGAUCAAAUUAAAAGAUUUUUGACUUAGGCUACUCUAGUUUUAAUGAGUUAGAUGAAAAGAGGAUAAAUGGCCCUCAUUUUUGUAUGGUGACGCUGCAGCCAGUUAGCUUAGCAUAAACAUUGUUACAGCACGUAAAACCCACCAAACUGCAAAUUCACGUUUUGAUACCUAGGUUUUUAUAUAAGUUAACCAAACAACAUUUGUGAGCCUGAGAGGUGUUUGUUUACCCUGGAAAAUAAUGAUUAUAUUUACUAUCUCGCCUUUUUUUUUAUGUUUUAUGCUAAGCUAACUAGCUGCUUGCACCAUUUCCAACUUUUAGCAAGAAAGCAAUUUUUUUCAAAAUGGUUAACCACUUCUUUAAAGAUAUUGAAAUCCUGAUAGGAUUACAAAAAAUGGCAGAGAUAAGGAUGGCAGAUUUUAAAAUAAUGUAGGCUAUAGAUAAUGUGAAAAUAAACGUUUCUGUUGAAUGAUGAAAUUCACAAAUGUCCUGUUGAAAAAGAGGAGGGUUUAAUUCUCAUAUUUGGCUAAGAACAUUCACAUUUGACUCCUAAUCACUAGCAAUCUAAUUGUUACGUUUAAUGUGAAAUGUAAGGAAUCAAACCCUUCAAAGUCUGUUUGACCUUAUUCACAACUUCACUACAAACACAGUAUUAUGUGGCACAACUACAAAUGAAAACACAGUAUUUCACAAGCAACAGUAUUGUAAUCGAUUGUACUUUGAAUUAUCAGCAGUCAAAAAAGGAUGUGGCUGCAAUAUUUCCCUUGAAUUUCAGGUAAAUUGUUCUUUAUUACGACCACUCAUCCAUCCCAACCACUGGCACAUUCCUUCAUGGUGAAAG